AUGACUACCAUGCUGCACUAUCUCGGCUUCGGGAACAAGGCUCCCUCCAAGAAACAAGUGAAAGACACCCCAGUCCGAGCUUUACCUGCAUCAUGGUAUAAAUCACCUGAGAUGUACGAGUUGGAGCGUCGAGCCAUCUUUUCCAAAAGAUGGCUUUUCAUCACCCACAGCUCGCGAGUCAAACAACCAGGCGAUUGGCUUCGUUAUGAAUUCGCCGGUUUCGACUUCAUCAUCACUCAGGGCCGGCAAGGGGAUCUGAAUGCAUUCCAUAAUGUCUGCAGGCAUCGUGCGUACCCAGUUGUUGAAAAAGAAGGAUCUGGAAACUGUAAGAUCCUAUCAUGUCGCUAUCACGGCUGGUCCUACGGAUUAAAUGGCAAGCUCGCGAAAGCGCCUGGAUACAAAGACCUGAACAACUUCAACAAGGACCAGAACAGUCUAUUUCGAAUCCAUCUCAAGAUCGACGUCAACGGGUUUAUCUGGGUCAAUUUGGAUGCAAACGAGGUCCCGGAGGUGCCUUGGGAAGAGCACUUUCGUGACGUGGACACGCAGGAGCGAUACAAGGAAUACAACUUCAAUGAUUAUGAUAUAGAUCAUACUUAUGAGCUGGAUGGACAGUACAACUGGAAGAUCCUGGCUGAUAACUUCAAUGAAUGUUACCACUGUCCCACAACACACCCCGACAUCCCCGAAUUCCUCAACCUCGACUCCUUCGACAGUGACCUCAAAGACGGACAUAUUCAGCACCAUUGCAUUUCAACCCCCGAGCAGAAGGCAAAGGGUCUUUACACUGCCAGUACUUACUACUUUCCGAUGUCAGCUAUGGUUGUUUCGUAUGCAUUCCGAUUUUUAUCCUACAGUUAUCCAAUCACAUGUUUGCUAACUCGGUCUACCUCUAGGCCACAUUUUAUCAUGAUUCAGAAGUUCCUCCCCAUAAGUGCCAGCUCCUCCAAGAUGGCGUACGAAAUCUACCGAAACAAAAAUUCCUGCGACGAGGAUUUCCACGCCAUCAGCGACAUGUACGAGCGUGUCAUGAGAGAAGACAAAGUUCUUUGUGAUUAUGCACAGAAGAACCUUGACCGAAAUGUUUUCGUCAACGGCGAGCUUCAUCCUAAAUACGAAAAGGCUCCGCUCUUCUUCCAGAGCACUGUCCGCGAGGCUAUCACAGAACAAUUUGAGCGGGAGAAGGCUGAAGGGCGGGAAAUCUGGCCAGCUAAACAGAAGGUAUCGUGCAAUUCCCAAAUUAGUGACAAGGAUGAGGAAAUUUGUGCUUCUCUCAGCUGCGGAGCUAAGAGAGAAGUUUUGGCUUGGUAA